GUUUACCACAGACGGUUCAGUGACAAAUGUACCACUAUCCCGUUAGAUGUAGGAAGCCCCGUGUGCUCCAGUGUAUACCCACUGUAGACUUGGCGGCUAUUGUUGUGAUUCCGCGAUCUGGGUGACAGCUCCAGUGGAUCAAAAAAUUCCAGGAGCAACCGAAUAAUGAGAAGAGGGAUUUACAAUAUUUCUACUGCACGGAUAGCGCAGAGAGAGACCCACAAUAAAAGAUAUUGACAUGAAGAAAGACAUUGAGACACUGAUAGCAGAGGAACGCGCUGACAUCAUCUUGACAUAUGAUACGGGCAGACAGGAGGGGGUGGAGAUUGACCCCUGGGAGGAUGCAGAUUACAGUAUUUACAGAGUCACUGACCGUUUCGGGUUUCUGCAUGACGAGGAUCUGCCAGCCCCUAGUGCACAUGAGGAGAAGAAAAAGAACCUGGAAAUUGAAAGGGUAGAAAAAUGGCUGAAAAUGGUGAAAAAAUGGGAUAAAUACUGGAACAGUGACAGGAUGGUAAAGCGUGUGUAUAAGGGUCUCCCCCUGCAGCUGAGAGGCCAGGCCUGGGCUCUGAUGCUGGAUGUGGAGAAGUUGAAGAAUGAGAACGAGGGGAAGUAUGAGAGGAUGAAGGAACAGGCCAAAGUGUUCUCCCAGGAAAUCAAACAGAUCGAUCUGGACGUGAACCGGACGUUUAGAAACCACAUCAUGUUCAUGGAUCGAUUCGGAUUCAAACAGCAGUCUUUAUUUCAUGUCCUGUCUGCCUAUUCAGUCUACAACACGGAGGUGAGCUACUGCCAGGGCAUGAGCCAGGUCGCCGCCUUGCUGCUGAUGUACAUGAACGAGGAAGACGCCUUCUGGGCCCUGUCACAGCUACUGACCAAUCAGAAGCAUGCCAUGCACGGUGAGCUGACCAAUAAGAUAUCCCGUAAACAUUGAUUUGAUUUAUUUAUUUCACCUUUAUUUAACCAGGUAGGCUAGUUGAGAACAAG